CUUGUACCGCUCUCUUUAGUAGUGGAAACGAUAGCUCCCGUUGUGUGAGAGACGCAAUCACAACUCACAUCGCCAUCAGAUUUUUGAUUCUCGGAUUUAAUACUUUUAAAGAAGUUUACAAGGCGCGGGCGCUCACUUCUGGAGUUUAUAACAAUCUACUGGGCAUGAAAGUGGAGCGGACGCCUCAAACAAAGUAAAAGAGGGGAUAGAUCUGUAAGUUUGAUGGCUGCUGGGGAUGGAGCCCAGCUGCCGGCCACAGUAGCGGCCAGCCGGAGCGUGGAGAAGGCGCUCGAGGAGGCUGCCGCUAGCGGGGCUCUGAACUUGUCCAACCGAAAACUGAAGGAGUUCCCCCGGAGCGCCAGGAACUACGACCUGUCCGACAUUACACAUGCAGAUCUGGCUAAGAACCGUCUGUGUGAGCUGCCGGAGGAGCUCUGUCAGUUCAUCUCUCUGGAGACGCUGAGCCUUUACCACAAUGGGAUGCGUUCGCUGUCCUCCAGCCUGGGCAACCUCCAGGCCCUCACCUACCUCAACCUCAGUCGUAAUCUUCUGUCCAGUUUACCCCCCUCGGUGUUUCAGCUUCCCCUCCUGCGAGUGCUCAUCGUCAGCAACAACAAGCUGUGUUCACUGCCUGCAUCCAUAUACGCCCUCACACACCUCCGCCAGCUGGAUGUCAGCUGUAAUGAGCUGCAGUGUUUACCAGCAGAGCUCGGCCAGCUAGAGUGUCUGAGGGACUUAAACUUGAGGAGGAACCAGCUCACCUCUUUGCCUGAAGAAAUAUCCGAGCUCCCCCUUGUUCGUCUCGAUGUGUCCUGCAACCGCAUUUCCCAGGUUCCCUUGUGCUACCGCCACCUCCGGCACCUCCAGAGCAUCUCACUAGACAACAACCCGCUGCAGAUGCCACCUGCACAGAUCUGCUCCAAGGGCAAAUACCACAUCUUCAAGUACCUCAACAUGGAGGCCUGCAAGAGGAGCCAGGAGGAGCUGGAGAGACACCUGAGGCCCACUGGAUUUAACAGCUGUCUGUCAGACCAGGAGCUGUUCACAGGUCAGUUUGGAGGGCUAGAUUCUGGGUUCAACAGUGUGGACAGCGGCAGCAAACGGUGGUCUGGUAAUGAGUCAGCAGAUGACUUCUCAGAGCGUUCCCUUCGCAUGGCCGAGGUCAGCAGAGACCAGAGGAAUCUGGAGGAGGAGGAAGAGGAGGAUGGAUCUCCUCUGGAAGCUAACAAGGUGAAUGGAGAGGCUGAGCAUGUGGACUUCAUCGACAGCAGCGUGACAGAGGAGGAGGAGAUCAGGAUAGAUCCACCCACACCUCCUCUCACAGCACCUUCUCUGGAACCAAAGGAGAGCUAUUCACUGCCCCAAACCCAGGACUCAACAAUAAGCAGGUCUAGCCUCGAUGUGGUGGUGGGCCCCCCAUCAUCAACCUCAUCCUCUCCCCUGUCCCCCUCCAGCCCCACGCUGGAGGAGCGGAAGAGGCCGGGCACCCUGUUCAUCUGGCAGGAGAGAGAGCGUCUGCAGCAGCAGAGAGAAAAGGCCAGUUUGCUGAAGUCAUCCUCCAAAGCAGGAAGUCUUGCAGCCACCGCACCAUCGACAGGAAGUAGCUCGGCUGGUGCAUCUCCAGAGAACAGCAGCUCUAACUCAGGCCUUCGGCAGCGAUGUGCAAGCGCUGACCAGAUGAGCACAGUGUGUACAACACUUCUACAGCGUUCCAGCAGCAGAACAGAUGUCCCGUCCUCCCCGAAGACUUCCCCUCCACCCGGCCAGGCACAGAAACCCAACAGCUUCCUGUUCCGCACGUCCUCCCGCAGCAACGUCAGACCCACAGGGUCCAUCUUUACUCUUGGUGAGUCUGGCAGAAGUGAGUCUCGCACGAUGUUGCGCUCUCCGAAAGAGGAGAGACAAGACAUCAAACAGCUACGCAAGACUUUGGAGUCUCGGCUGAAGAUCACUCUGCCGGAGGAUCUGGGCGAGGCCUUGUCUAACGGCACCACCCUCUGCCAGCUGGUCAAUCAGAUUCGACCACGCUCUGUGUCAAUCAUCCACAUUCCCUCCCCAGCAGUGCCAAAGCUGAGCUCAGCAAAGUGUCGACUCAACGUGGAAAACUUCAUUGCUGCUUGUCGCAAGCUGGGAGUCCCUGAGAGGGACGUGUGUGUGUGCUCUGAUGUGCUUCUGUGCAAGCUGCCCGCUGUGCUGCGCUGUGUGACGGCCCUGCUGGCCGUGGAGGGGGGGGAGACGGCGGAGGACCAGUCCCCCCGCCACUCCUCGCCUUCGUCGUCAUCGUCCUCGUCCUCCUCUUCCUCCUCCUCGCUGCUGUCCACAGAUUUCCUGCUCUUCUACUGUGCCGCCAUGGCCCUGCUCUACGUCCUCUACUGCUACCUGCUCACCUAGAGGGGCCACACACAUCACACAUUACUUAUAUAUUCACACGACUGUCCAGCUGCUGAACACACACACACACACACACAUGCGGCUACAGUUGUAGAGUUUGAGGCUAGCACACACAGUUGUCAUCUCAGACAUGACUCAGCAGUGAGUUUGUGUGUGUGUGUGUGUGUGAGUGUUUUCAGUACCCUUCAUGGCUGUAGAGCAGCUGUCCCAGGAGUGUCUGUUGACUGUCCACAGCUGCACUGGUUGGAUGUUAGAGCAAUAGAGAGCAUUCAGCCGAGCACCUUUAAGCCACAAACAGAAUACACUACAGAGCCACAGCUCUUCAUUUAGACACUUAGAGGAAUAGAAAGCACUACACUGAUGGACAAAUACUGUUUGGGAGCAAUUAAACAGAGAAAUGCCUUAGCUUAGUUUAGCCCUCACUCUGUAACGCACAGCACGUUUGGAGGAGAUGUGAGGUUUUGGUCUAAGGCAGAGCUGCCCCACAGGCAGAAACAAUCUCAUUGGUUGAGACAUGAAUGGGCGGAGCAAAGGAACCACACCCUCAGUUGAAUCCCAGGGACACACUAUCCCUGCACGGCCAUAGACAAACAGCUGCAGCGGGAGCUUCAUUAAUGGUGUACUUGCGUGCUUGGCGUGUACAUGGAAGGUUGUAGCCACUAAGGAGCUGAUCAGGCCCCGUCAUUCCUGGCUUACACCUGAAUACCUUGAGAAUUUCUAAUUCGGCACAUUGUAAAAAUCCCCAAACAUGGUGACACUUGAGGUGAUUACUGUAUUGUUAAUGUUGGGACCACAGCAGAAAAGGCACACGAGGGAACAAGCCCUUGAAACUUCAUUCACAGAUUUUUAUUUUUUGACCACUAGCUCUGGUUUGGGCUUCACCAACUCUUGAGAAAAACAUGUCUCUUUAGCUGCUAAAUGCUUCACUAUGUUCACUAUAAUGCCCCCUCUCAUUUCAUACCUAAUCCCCAAGUUAGUCAAACAGGUUUUGAAGAGAAAAGAAAGUUAUAAACAUCCAUCACAGUUUACAGAUUAACCUCCCUAACAUUAGUACAUUGUAUGCUUUUUAGUGUGUAUGGAAUUGGGAAACCGUGAUAAAUCUCAGGAGGUCAACAGACUAGUUAAAUAGCUUACCUAAAUGCUGAAGUUACUAGUUAUUACAAAAUGCAGUUAGCUAACAUAAAUAUUCUUUCUCAGCAUCACCCAGCCGGAGGGUCUGUGGUUCUUUAGCUCUGCUCACCAAGUUUAAACUUGAGAUUAUCUGCGUUCACAGCAGCUCCACCUCUGACACAUAUUCAGACUCGUACUCCAGUCUGCGCGUUU